UGCUACCCUCACUGCUGCUGAUGCUGGGUGGGCACAUUCUGUAACUUUGGUCUGGUUUUGUCUUCACUGCCAUUCAUACACACACCUGUUGAAGUGUCUCUGGAGCAAACAAACCAGCAGGCGAGUCGACCUUGCGUGUAGAAGAGCUUGUAGGACAUUCAGGAAGUCCUGUCCAAACUGCGGCCAUGGCUGAACGUCAAGAGAUGGGUUUAUCUGAAGGGACACGUGCUGUAGACAUGUACCCCAGAAAGAUACUGGAGUAUAUGGAAGGAUUCCUCAUCUCCAAGGUGGUUUUCUCCUCCUGCGAGCUGGGAGUGUUUGAUGUGUUGCUGGGUGCAGAGCGCCCCCUGUCUGCAGAGGAGAUCAGUCAGGCAGUUGGAGCCAGUCUGGAUGGCACACAGAGACUGCUGGCUGCCUGCACCGGCCUGCAACUCCUCAAUACACAUCAGGACAAUGGACAAGUGUUGUACAGUAACACAGAGCAGGCCAGUGUCUACCUGACCCGCUCCAGUCCUGUAUCCCUCUACCAAUCCAUCCAGUACAGCUCCAGAACCAUCUACCUCUGCUGGCACUACCUGACUGAUGCUGUCAGAGAGGGGAGAAACCAGUAUGAAAAGGCUUUUGGAGUCAGUUCGAAAGACCUGUUUCAAGCUCUCUACAGGUCUGAUGAGGAGAUGGUGAAGUUCAUGCAGUUAAUGAACUCCAUUUGGAACAUCUGUGGUAAAGACGUGGUCACAGCCUUCGAUCUUUCGCCUUUCAAGGUCAUCUGCGACCUUGGAGGCUGCAGUGGAGCAUUAGCCAAGCAGUGCACGUCAGCCUACCCAGAAUGCACUGUUACGAUCUUUGACCUCCCCAAGGUAGUGAGUACAUCGAGGGAACACUUUGUCAUGGAGGCCGACCAGAGGAUAAGCUUUCACGAAGGGGACUUCUUCAAAGACCCCCUGCCAGAAGCUGACCUCUACAUCCUCGCCAGAAUCAUCCACGACUGGACUGACGAACGCAGCAUAGAGCUCCUCAGUAAAGUCUACAAAGCCUGCAAACCAGGAGGCGCUGUGUUGCUGGUGGAGGCGUUGCUGUAUGAGGAUGGCUCUGGCCCACUGACAGUGCAGCUCUACUCCCUGAAUAUGCUGGUACAGACGGAGGGCAGAGAGAGGACAGCUGCUCAGUACGCUGCCCUGCUGGCUGCUGCCGGCUUCACCAACAUCCAGCACCGCCUCACUGGGAAGAUCUACGAUGCAGUGCUGGGGCUCAAAGAGACAUGAGACCAGUAGAUGAGGGUACACAAGUACAAGGACUGAAAACUACAAAGAAAAAGUUUUCUACUACUGUAUUUUUGGAUUCACUUUAUUUUCAUUUCACCAUAAGUCUUUCAUACUGUAUGACAAAACUUCAAUAUUCUGUAUCUGCUUUUUAACCGAAUCUGUAGGACUAUUAUAUAUAUUAUAUCUGUAGGAAUAUUCAAACCAAGGCCCACUAUUGCUGCCCAGUUUUGAAUACUGAAUAUUCUGAAUUAUUGUGCAUCAUUUUCAUCUGUAAAUCAGUAUAUUUGGUAUCUUUGGGAACUAAAAUAAAGUUCUACAACAAUG